AUGUCUUCCGACAAGAAGUCCGCUACUCCCAAGAAGGCCGAGCUCACCGAGCGUGAGCAGCAGGUGCUGGCUGCUUCCUGGCAGUGUUUCAAGACCGAGCCCGAGAUUGACACCGUCAAGCUUGCUGCUCUCGUUGGCUACACCAACCCCCGCAGCUGCACCAAUGCCAUGCUCGCAAUCAAGAAGAAGCUCGCCGUCCUGGCUGAGAUGAAUGGCGGUGAUGCUGCUGGUGGUAGUGUCAACUCCACUCCCACCAAGGCAGGCACCAAGAAGACUCCGACUUCCCGCAAGCGCAAGUCUCCCGACGUCGAGACUGGCUCUGGUGCUGAGCAGGGAGAUGCUGAUGUUGAGGCUUCCCCUUCGGUUGUCAAGAAGGCUCGCACACCUCGCAAGCCCAAGGCCAAGCCGGCCAAAAAAGCCACCAGCAUGGUGGACGACGACAUUGUAGCCGCGACUACCGAGGCCAAGGCUGAGCCUAUGGAGGUUGAGGACGACGUCGUGGUCAAGGAUGAGGGUGACAACGAUGGAGCGGACAUCGAGCAGGAGGGCGAGAAGGAGAUCGCGGCCGAUGGCGAGAUCUAG